CCGCCGUCUGCAAGUCGUACGUGACGUGCCUUUUGGGCCUCCGCGUCUUCCGUUGAAGCAGGAAGUUUUUAUCAGAAAAGCGUUGUUUCGAACGUCGCGGACGAAUUAUGUCGGAAUAUUCAUAUGUAAAAUCGACUAAGCUAGUGCUGAAGGGGCAUAAAACCAAGAGCAAGAAGAAAAAGCAGGCAGAUAAAAGAAAAAGAGAAGAUGAUUCAGAAGAAGUGGACAUAGUUGGGAUUUGGUGGGCUACCAGAAAUUUUGGAGAGAUCACAGGGAGUGUGGCCAUAGAGAUGGGCAAAAAUUCCUACAUUCAUGCUUUAGAUACUGGUCUGUUCACACUUGGAGCUCCUCAUAAAGAAGAUGAAGGUCCUGAUCCUCCAGAGCAAUUUACAGCCAUUAAAUUAUCUGAAACCAGAAUUGCACUGAAAUCUGGAUAUGGAAAGUACCUUGGGAUAAAUUCAGAAGGAGUUGUCAUUGGGCGCUCAGAUGCAAUUGGUUCCAGAGAACAGUGGGAACCAGUGUUUCAAGAUGGUAAAAUGGCUUUACUGGCUGCAAAUAGUUGCUUUGUCUCUUGUAAUGAAGAUGGGGAUGUAGUUGCUAAAAAAAAGACAGCUGGAGAAGAGGAAAUGGUAAAGAUUCGUUCUUGUGCUGAAAGAGAAACUAAAAGAAAAGAUGAUAUUCCGGAUGAAGACAAAGGAAAUGUGAAGCAGUGCGAAAUCAAUUACGUAAAGAAGUUUCAGAGUUUUCAGGAUCAUAAACUUCAAGUUACUAAAGAAGACAGUAAAAUCCUUAAGAAAGCAAGGAAAGAUGGGAGUUUUCAUGAAGCUUUACUGGACAGGAGGUCAAAGAUGAAGGCAGAUCGAUAUUGUAAAUGAACAUUUUUUUCUUUUAUGUUUUUUUAAGUAAUGACUCUUGACAGCUUUGAUAUGAACAUUUAAAUGUUUGAACUUUUGUAAUGAGAAAUGGCGCAUUAUUUAAAUAGUGAUAGUUGUUGAUAAAUAAAAUAAAGCAUUUGAGUGAUCUCAUAUUAAAAAUCAUUUCCAAAUAAACAUUGAAGUACAAAGCUUUAAUGCAUAUCAGAAUAAAUGAGUCAGUGUUUGCAUUCUGUACAUGCAAGUUUCUUAAAUUUAUCAGCUACUGUUGUAUGUAUACAAGUAACAGGAUAUUUACAAAAAAUAAACAUCUGUAUUGCUUAUGCAUAGCAAUGUAAACAUAAUUAAAUGUUUUUUUUUUAUU